AUGAAUGCUGAAGAGACUCAAUCAACCACGCCAGGAAGUGGUAGCUCCACGACUGGUGGAGGAGGUUUUCAAUGUCCAACAUCCGAAGGUCUCUAUCCCCACGAGACCUUUUGUUACAUGUUCUACAAUUGCAUAAAUUACGUUGCUUAUCCACAUGAGUGUCCGGAUGACGACCUCUUCCAUCGAGAGGAACUGUACUGCAUGCAUCCCGAGGAUGUGGACUGUGGGGAUCUCCUACCAAGACCUACAACAACGAACCAAUCCCCUACGUCGACGGAUAAAACAACAACGAGCAGCGGAGAAUUCGAAUGUCCUGAACUUGAUGGGUUUUUCCCCGACCCUGAAUCAUGUGAACACUUCUACAUAUGCGUGGAAGGAAACUCCACCCACUUUGUGAGUCCCAGGAUGCACUCUAUCGAAAGGAAUGCCCCGGAGAUUCUUGGUUCAACCCCGAAACUGGGGUUUGUGACACCCCCGGGGAUUUUUGCACACCUCUGGGAAGACAUUAAUAUGCUAAUGAUGUUGAUCGUUGAUCUUCCGUUGAUCUUCAAUCAUUGAUGUGUUCCAGCUGCUUCCAGUUGAAGAAGGAAGUUAUAAUUACAGAUGCUCUCGACUAUUCAUUCUUAAUAAAAGGCAG